UUUGCACGGAAAUAAAAAACAAAAUAAGGAAAGAAAAAUCAGAAAACGAAAAGUACAACUCUUCUCCAGUCAUCUGGGCUAACCCAAGUUCAGAAUCAAAACCCUAGCUUCACUCGCCGCCGCGACACAGCUCCCGAUCAACUUAUCGUUUUUCAACUGCAUUUUGCAAUUUGAUAUUGAGUGAGAUCAACCUAUCAACACCGAAGAAAAUGUCUAAGAAAGGCUUGAUGGAGCAGGACUUGAGCCAGCUGGAUGUAGCAAAGCUACAUCCACUUUCUCCUGAGGUUAUUUCUCGCCAGGCUACGAUUAACAUUGGUACCAUUGGUCAUGUGGCUCAUGGCAAAUCAACAGUUGUGAAAGCCAUAUCUGGUGUCCAGACUGUUCGUUUUAAGAAUGAACUCGAACGGAACAUUACAAUUAAGCUUGGAUAUGCCAAUGCGAAGAUAUACAAGUGCGAAGAUGAUCGGUGCCCUCGACCGAUGUGCUACAAGGCAUAUGGAAGUGGAAAAGAAGAUAGCCCAAUGUGUGAUGUUCCUGGGUUUGAGAAGUGUAGGAUGAAAUUGCUUCGACAUGUGUCCUUCGUUGAUUGCCCGGGCCAUGAUAUCCUCAUGGCUACUAUGCUGAAUGGGGCAGCAAUUAUGGAUGGAGCUUUGCUCCUUAUUGCUGCCAAUGAAACUUGUCCUCAGCCUCAAACAUUGGAACAUUUGGCUGCUAUUGAGAUCAUGCGUCUAAACCAUAUCAUCAUACUUCAAAAUAAGGUUGACCUCGUUCAGGAAAAUAUUGCCAUCAACCAGCACGAAGCCAUUCAGAAGUUCAUUCAGGGAACUGUCGCUGAUGGUGCUCCAGUGGUACCUAUUUCAGCACAACUCAAGUAUAAUAUCGAUGUCGUGGCCGAGUAUAUCGUGAAGAAAAUCCCCAUCCCAGAGAGGAACUUCAUUUCACCACCAAAUAUGAUUGUCAUCAGGUCAUUUGAUGUCAAUAAGCCUGGUUCUGAAGUUGAUGAAAUCAAAGGAGGUGUUGCUGGUGGAAGUAUUCUCAAGGGUGUGUUGAAGGUGAAUCAGCGUAUUGAGGUCCGUCCAGGUAUAGUGGUUAAGGACGAGAAUGAUAACAUCAGGUGCACCCCAAUAUACUCGAGAAUAGUCUCCUUGUAUGCCGAACAAAACGAGCUGCAAUAUGCUGUGCCGGGAGGCCUAAUUGGAGUUGGGACCACAAUGGACCCUACCCUCACGCGUGCAGAUAGGCUGGUCGGACAAGUUCUUGGAGAAGUCGGUUCUCUCCCUCAAGUGUAUGUUGUACUCGAGGUGAACUUCUUUUUGCUGAGGAGGCUGCUGGGAGUGAGAGCAAAGGAUGCAGAGAAGCAGGGGAAAGUGGCAAAGCUGGCAAAGGGGGAGAUUCUAAUGCUUAACAUUGGAUCAAUGUCGACUGGGGCUCGUGUAGUGGGCCUCAAGAACGUGUUUGCUAAGCUGCAGUUGACUUCCCCAGUGUGCACUAGUGAAGGUGAGAAAGUUGCACUUAGCCGUAGGAUUGAUAGGCAUUGGCGCCUUAUUGGGUGGGGUGAGAUUAGGGCUGGUGUUACACUUGACGUCCCACCUUGCCCCAUCUAAAUAAAGAAGACUAUCCUUUUUCCAUAGUAAGGCAACGGACGGGAAGUUUUUUUAGGUGAAUUUUGAGAUGUGGAAGGGGAGAGAAUUAUUGGGUACGAUUUUUGUUCGGUGGAGAAGAAAACAACAAAAAGACUUGUUUUACUUGAUUGAGGUAUUCUGGGUACUCUGUAUUUUUUUUCUUCUUUUUUCUGUUUUGGUGAUUUUUGGUGGUUAUUUGUUUGUUCUGUUGGGAGUUUAUUACAAUGUGUUAUCUAGAUUGAUUUUCUUAUGCAUAAUGGAUCAUGUUGAGUUUAGCUAAAGCUAAAAACCAUCUGUGCUGUGUUGCAGUAAGAUUCUUUUUUUAAAAUUGACUAGUCAUAUUCUUCUCUUAAUAAAAUUGAAUAUA